CUUUCUUGUCUACCUACAUUUUGCGCUUUCCUUUGACUGAUUAGCGCUUCACGAACUUAGCAAUAUCAUCUUUCUGACGCCCUCCCUUUCCUUAUGAGCUUCAUUCGGCCAGCUACUCCUGGCUUCCUGAUAACCCUCAUAGCCACCAUUUUGUUGGGUGUUGUAUCCUUCUCUGUACCCCUCAUAAAAUCUAUAUACUUCCUCAAGGCAAGCCUUGCCGUCGAAGGCACCAGUGGUUACAUCACGUUUGGAACCUUGGGGUAUUGUUCAGAUAUCUCAGGGACAGCCUCAUGUUCUAGUGCAACGGUGGGGUAUGAGCUCAGGGUAGCCGCCAUCUUUGGUCUACUCGCUCACAUUCGUGAAAUAGCCAUGACUUGCUUCAGUAGUUGCAUAUCAGGAUUUGCCGCUACUGUCGCCCUCACUGCUUUCAUUUUUGACAUCGUCAUCUUUUUUGUCGCCAAGUCCAGGAUGAACAGUGUUUCAGGUGGCUCUGCUUCCAUCGGCAAUGCAGUAUGGAUUACGCUUGUCGCCUGGAUUCUACUGUUCUUCAGCGGAUGUUUCUAUGGCGUUGGAAGGUGUUGCAUAAGAAGGCGUCCAAGGGAUAACGAACGUAUGGGUGGAAAUGGAUACGCAGAUCAAAUGCGCCUUGACGCUGUCAAAGCGGAAGUAGAUCGAAAAGCAAGACAACAGCGAGGCGAAAUUGGUUUACCCCCUUUCCAGGAAUAUGACCCAUCCCAGCCGCUGAAGGCCAGAAUCUCGGGGGAUGGUGUAUUUUUGGACGAGGAGGAUGGUGCGCUAUACCGAGACAAUCAGAGCGUCUCAACCGCCGGAAGAGCCGGUACGGGGUCCUAUGGUCGUCGUCCAUCAGCAAACGGUUACGCUGGUGGAGGUUAUAUGCAGGCUCCUCUCGGCACACGCGCUGUUGAUGAAUAUAACAACACUUCUCCGUAUGCGGCGCCGCCACGCCGGAAGAGUAGCACCCUCACUCAGACUACGUCCUCCAGCACUUAUCCACCGACAUCUACAACUCACUCAAUGUCGCCUCUCAAUUCAUAUGCCGUUCCCGGUGCUGCAAUCACUGCCCCAGUGCAAAAUGCUUCAGGCGCUUACUAUAGUGACCCAUACUCCCCGCAGGCAUAUGGUCAUGUGGAAGGUGGCUCUUCGCGCACCCCUCCGCAGCAACAUGCGGCGUAUAACCCCUGGGAACCGCAGCAAACUCAGCCAUCCGUUAACCCAGAUUCAUACAAUGCUUUGGGUGUGACAGCUGCGGCUUCAUAUGCUAAUGCAUACAACCAGCCUCCUCAUCGACCCGAGCAGAACUAUGCUGCCUAGCACUACUGGUGCUCCACAGCUGUCGGACCCAUACUAUGCUUCCAAUUAUCGUGGUCCAACUCCUAAGCCGAGUUCUCCGCCACCAGCCAACACCAGUGGUGUAAAGGGUCCGAGGGGGCCACCGUCCCCUGUGGUGAUGUCCCCUCCAUCUCAGAUGUACAACGACAACCCACCGACGUAUGAGGAUGGUCCAUCGCGAACGCCUGUGCAGCGGAAGAGCUGAAUAUGAUGUACAAUUUCACGAGGAUUUCAUGGAGUUGAUAUAUCUAUACUGCAUAUUUUUUUAUCAAUGGACCGUAUCAGAUUUGACUGUAGGACUAUCUACUUAGAUACCCUCUGUAUUCUAUUGUGAAACAGUGGCUUGCCUUGAAACAAUAACC